CUAGCAAUGAACCCGGAAGUUACCAAUGUCAUCCAGGAGCCGGCAAGUAGUAGAAAAGCUUCGUGCGGGUGAGGGCUGAUCGCGUCUUCUCUCCUCCUGUCUGCUUCUUGCGAUACCAUAAACUGGGUGGAAUUCUACAUGGUAAGGUGAACAUGAUUCAUUUGUGAUCUCCUGUGACUGGACCAAAGCCUGAAGGGUCGACGUGUCAGAGUGUUUUGACCCCAGCCAUGGCUCUUGCUGCUGUUUCUGCCACCUAUCAAGUGCUCAGAGGGACUACUGGAAUUUUCACUAGUCAUCCGGCCUCGUUACUGUCGAGGGCCCCAGCUUUGUGCGCUUGUAUCCUGAAUAGACGGAGGAUGACAUCACAGAGAAAAACUGAUCAUUUGGAGAGAACAGCGAACACCUUUAGACAAGAGAUUAUUUCUCCUGCAAGCGUUUGCGGGAUAACCAAUGAAUCUUCCACUGUGAAGAGAAUCCGCCUUGCUGUGGAAAACAGUGAAUUUACUUUUAAAGCAGGACAGUGGGUUGACUUUUUCAUUCCUGGAGUUCCUAAAGUUGGAGGCUUUUCCAUUUGUUCGAGUCCAGGACUUCUGGAAAGAGAAGGGGUUCUGGAGCUUGCUGUGAAAUACAACCUGCAUCCUCCUGCUUACUGGAUUCAUACAGAGUGUUCUCUGGGCUCAGAAGUAGCUCUACGAGUGGGGGGAGAGUUCUUCUUUGAUCCUCAAGCCUCUGACUCUCCUGUGAAUCUGGUCCUAAUAGCUGGUGGAGUAGGAAUCAAUCCCUUGUUUUCAAUACUCUUACAUGUUGCUGACCUUCACAAGGCCCUAGAGACGACGGGCAAAGGCUUCCAGAUGGGGACUGUCAAGCUCUAUUAUUGUGCCAAGAACACCAGCGAGUUACUAUUCAAGAAAAACAUUCUUGAUUUGAUGCACAGCUUUCCGGGAAAAAUAACAUGCAGCUUUCAUGUCACGCAACAGAGUUCACCCGUCUGUACAGAACUUCAGCCGUUUAUCACUGAGGGAAGAAUUUCUGAAAGUCAUCUAGCAAAUGAUGUUUCUAGGGAUCAUCUAUGUUACAUAUGUGGACCACCUCCUAUGAUUGAGUCCAUGUGUAAACAGCUUGAAGACCUCUGUGUGCCUAGAGAACAGAUUUAUUUUGAAAAGUGGUGGUAGAAGAGAAGUGUAAUAAUGAUCUCCAGUAAUCAGCCUCUUCUCAAGGAGGACACAUGGAAUGGUGGGAAAGAAUUUUAAAAUAGCAACUGGAUGAAAUAUUUGCCUCUCCAUUAUUUUAACAGUAGUUAACUACAAGUUCAGAUGAAGAUAAGAAGAUAAAUUAUAUUUUAUGUACAUUUCACUAUUAUUUUUUAUUUAAAUUGAAAUUGUACAUUUGUGAAUUGAAAUUUGUGUGUUGCGUUCUUAUUUAUUGAAGAUCACAAAAUCACAUGGUCAACAAGACGUGAAUGUUUACUUGUUAAACUAGG